CCUUGAAAAUCAGUCGCCGACAAGCUUCAGUCCCAGAAGGGAGCUGCUGUCUGUGCGGGAAACUACAUCUUCAGACUUCUGAUCAGCCACGAGAGAGGAGCAGGGGGUCUCACCGAGCGCUAGAGAGCCCUCCGGGGUUCGCGCCUGCCCCAAGCUGCCCGGACCCCCCGGGGCGCUCCCCACCAGGGGCUCCCCCAGGAGGUCGAGCAUGGUGAUUUUCCCUCGGAGCCCACUGGUUCAGGACGUCUGAGAAGAUGCUAGCCUUGAGGCUGCUCACUUGCGUCCUGCAGCUCCUGGCUGGGCUGGCACUGCCUACUGUGCCCGUUCAGCAAUGGGCCCUGUCUACUGGGAACAACUCGUCAGAGGUGGAAGUGGUGCCUUUCCAGGAAGUAUGGGGCCGCAGCUACUGCCGGACGAGGGAGAGGCUAGUGGACAUUGUGACAGAGUACCCCAGCGAGGUCCAGUACUUGUUCAGCCCAUCCUGCGUCUCUCUGAAGCGCUGCACUGGCUGCUGUGGUGAUGAGCGCCUGCAGUGUGUGCCGGUGGAGACGACAAAUGUCACCAUGCAGGUCCUGAAGAUCACCCCAGGGACCCGGCCCUCCUUUGUGCAGCUGACAUUCUCACAGCACGACCUCUGCGAGUGCAGACCUCUGCAGAAGAAGACAAAGUCAGAAAGGAGGAGACCCAAGGUCAGGGGGAAGAGGAAGAGAGAGAACCAGAAACCCACAGUCUGCCACCAGUGCGGCGACAGUGUUCCCUAGAGGUAGCCGGGCCCUCAGAGGAGAGAGACCCCCACACCCAGCUCAUAUAUUUAUUACUGUCACACUCUCAGUGACCUCCCUGCUGGAACCUUCCCUCUAUUUAUUAGCCAACUGCAUCCCUGCUGAAUGAUUUGCUCCCUCCGAGAUGAGGGGCAAGGAGGGACAGGACCCUCAGGAAUUCAGUGCCUUAAACAGAACGUAAGAGAAGGAAAGAAGCCAUCCACAUACCUGUGGAAGCUUCGGCUUGGAAAGAAACAAGACGUGACCUUUGAGGGGCAAGCCAGACCCCAGAAGCCCUAGAGGACCGGAGAAGACGAAGGGGCCGCAUGGGGGCUCCUACAGGCUCUGCGCUGCCAGCAGCUUCUGCCUUGCCUGAGUGGGUGCAGGCGCCUGCUCUGGCCACUGUGUCCCUGGCUGGGUGGGCAGGCAGGCAGCCGGUGGAGGGGAUCCAACCUCGUCCUCCUCUCCCUGGCAGCGGCUACUUGCCCUGGAGACUGGGGCGGUCAGCUCUGGAGAACAGCACUUGCCCGGAGCCUUUUUGACACUCCUCAUCCACUUAGGUCACUCCUCACAUUUUGCCUCUGGCUUGUUCUGGGACAUUGUUUUUUCCAGCCAGGGUGCCAUGACCCUGCCCUGCUUGGGAACAAAGGCAGAGUGGGCCUCAGGCUGGACAAAAGCAGCAUGGAGGAGGAACAGCCCUGCCUGGGGAUGAGGUCACUGGGAGAAGAACCUGUGUGCCUUAGGCCAGCAGCUGUGGAAAGUGGAGCAGAUUUCCCGAGGGCCCACCAGCUGCCCCUGAAGGGCCGACUGACUGCCAAGCCAGAUUCUCUUGAAUAAAGCAUUCUAGUCUGGAAA